GUGUACAUGCGUAGAAGUGGUAAUGGAGGAUAGUGAUCUAUUCACAGGGGGCUUAGUUAACAAGCUGUCUUCUUUCUCUUAUGUCCACAACUGCGGUUUCUAUUAAUUACGAGGUGUUUACAACGCAAAGGAACAACGUCUGAAUCAACCGAGAGGAGGUGGAGCAGCCAUUGAGUUUUGGGAUGGCGUCAGACGUGGUUUCCCAAAACCAUGGUUCCAAAGGGAUCCAGACUUUUUACCCCACUGUUGAGGAAUUCAAGAACUUCAGCCGCUACGUUGCCUAUAUCGAGUCCCAGGGAGCACAUAAAGCAGGUCUGGCUAAAAUUGUCCCACCGAAGGAAUGGAAGCCCAGAGGCUCUUACGACGACAUAGACGACCUGGUGAUCCCUGCUCCCAUUCAGCAGGUGGUAACAGGCCAGUCGGGCCUUUUCACCCAAUACAACAUUCAGAAGAAGGCCAUGACCGUGAGAGAGUUUCGCAAGAUGGCCAACAGUGACAAGUUCUGUAGUCCACAUUAUGAUGACUUUGAGGAGCUGGAGCGAAAGUACUGGAAGAACGUGACAUUUAACCCUCCCAUAUAUGGGGCAGAUGUUAAUGGAUCCCUGUACAACACUGAUGUCAAAGAGUGGAACAUUUGCCAUCUGAACACCAUCUUGGAUACCGUUGAAUGUGAAAGCGGCAUCACUAUUGAGGGUGUUAAUACACCCUACUUGUAUUUUGGCAUGUGGAAGACCACCUUUGCAUGGCACACUGAGGACAUGGACCUCUACAGCAUCAAUUACUUGCACUUUGGAGAGCCUAAAUCUUGGUACUGUGUUCCUCCAGAGCAUGGGAAAAGAUUGGAGCGCUUGGCUAAAGGGUUUUUUCCCGGUAGUUCCCAAAAUUGUGAGGCCUUUUUGAGGCACAAGAUGACUCUCAUCUCUCCCUCUAUACUGAAGAAGUAUGGCAUUCCUUUUGAUAAGAUUACUCAGGAGGCUGGUGAGUUCAUGAUCACGUUCCCCUAUGCCUAUCAUGCUGGUUUCAACCACGGUUUCAACUGUGCAGAAUCCACCAACUUUGCCACAGAGAGAUGGAUCGAGUAUGGCAAGCAAGCAGUUCUGUGCUCCUGCCGUAAAGACAUGGUGAAGAUCUCCAUGGAUGUCUUUGUGAAGAAAUUCCAGCCCGAUCGCUACGAACAGUGGUUGGCAGGGCGGGAUGUGUCAACCAUCGACCACACGCGGCCCACCCCGGAGGCCAAGGAGUUCCUGGGGGAGUCCUUUAAUGACGUCAUCAGCUGCAGUAACAGUAACUCCAUGGAGAGCUGCGGGGAGGACGGAGAGAGGAAGAGCACGACACAGAGGAUAGAGACCAAGAGACACCGAGUGUGUCUGGAGGUGCCUGAGGAGGUUGUUCCCAAGGAUGAAGACGAGGAAGAUGUGGAGCAGUACGGGAAGCGUCCCAGGCUAAGCCUUAUACCGCCACGUACCAUGUCACAAGAUGGCAAGAGAAAUAAAGGUCCGCCAAAGUUGGUUGUUACACCAACCAAGCUCACUUUAUUGGACCCAUUUCACAGGAGCUUGACCCAAAGUAACAGUGACGUAGGCCGUCCUCCACAUUACACCAAGACUCGCGCACCCGCAAUCUCGUCUCAGUCCCAGCACAGAAAUGGACACCUGUCAGUUUCAACGGCACCCGCAUGGACAGAAGGGAACGCUCAGCCUGUCCGCAAAAUGGGCGUAGCCAGCCUGCUCUUCCACAGGACCCUGAGUCCAAAAGACGCUCUCCAGGUGCACAGCUACACUCUGGAAAAGCAGCAGCAGCACCACACACAGCUGCAGGUGCACAGCUACGCCAGAGAGCAUCAACCCCGUCACCUCCAGCACAAAAGCUGCACACCGUCACACACACAGGUUCAGUCUUCCUCGCUUCAGGCACCUGGCAACGAAACAACGGAGCCACAGCCAGAAUCCACCACUAUUCUUACCAAAGCAGCAACAGAUGAAUUGGAAGCACAGAGCGUUGUGGAGCAGGACCAAAAGGAGGACAAACCUGAAAUGCUGAUGCCUGUCGAGGCUCAGGCUGAAGAGGAGAAGCCUGAAGUUGAGUCUAGCAGCGAGUCCUCUUCUUCUGAGACUCAAACACAACUGGCAGCACCCAAGAACAACAAGCGAAAGAGUAACCAAUCCCCCCUUGUGGAUAGUGGCAUUGUCAUCCUGACUGACACCAUUCCUGUCAGGAAACCAAUCCUCGAUGAGGUGAAGGUGGUCGCUCAGAAUCAUCACCAGGUGUCAGAAGAGCAGUCAUACUGCAAGUCAGUAGUGAAGAAGCAGCAGCUGCAGGCCCAGCUCUGCAAGCUGCCUCGCCAUCACCCCCUGAUCAGAGAGGUGCACAGUGACGAUGAUGGGUACAUAGAUGUGGAGUUUGACCAGGAGGAGAAAGAGGAAUGGGCAAAGCCGCUAGCCCAGCUGUGGCAGAGUCGGCCAUAUAACCCCGAGGCAGAGAGAGAGUACAACAAGAGCAUGGGCCAGCAGGCCCCCUACUGCUCCAUCUGCCUGCUCUUCGACACUUACCACCAGUCUGAGUCCAGCAGUUCCAGCAUGACUUUGGUGAACCGUCCAGGGGGCCGCCAGUGGUCCAAGCCUCUCAUCCCUGAAAUGUGUUUCAACACCCAGUCCAGCAAAACGAAUGAUAACGGGGAGGGGCAGCUGUCUAACCCGAAUGUUGCAGAGGACGGGACCAGCCGGCUGGUCACCUGUGCUCAGUGCUGCGUCCGCGUACACACCAGUUGUUAUGGCGUGUCCGGGGAUGAAGCGGAGCUCGACGACUGGCUGUGUGCCCGCUGCGAGGCUGAUGCCAUCACUGAGGACUGCUGUCUGUGUUCGUUGAGAGGCGGCGCUCUGCAGAGAGCCAACGACGACAAGUGGGUUCAUGUGUUGUGUGCCAUCACUGUGCUGGAAGCUCGUUUUGUCAACAUCACCGAGCGAGGCCCCAUCGACCUCUCAGCAAUCCCACUGCCACGGUUCAGACUGAAGUGUGCAUACUGCAGGAAGCGGAUGAAGAGGAAGGUGAAUGGCUGCUGUGUCCAGUGCUCCCACGGGCGCUGCUCAACUGCGUUUCACCCCACCUGCGCUCAGGCAGCCGGCGUCCUCAUGCACCCAGACGACUGGCCCUUCAUAGUCUACAUCACCUGCCACAGACACAGAGCGCCCAUCAUGCCUGAGCGCAACAAGGAUUCAAUGGGUGAGCUGACAAUCGGACAGCGGGUGAUUGGUAAAUACAAAAACGGCCGUUACUACCACAGCGAGGUGGUGGAGCUGACCACAGCCACCUUCUACGAGGUCGUGUUCGACGACGGCUCCUACAGCGACAAUCUCUUCCCUGAGGACAUCGAGAACCGUGACUGCGUCCGACUCGGCCCACCAGCCGAAGGUGAUGCUGUUCAAGUACGAUGGACAGACGGGUUGAUAUAUGGAGCCAAGUUUGUGGCGUCGCACUCCAUCCCUAUGUACCUGGUGGAGUUCGAGGAUGGAUCACAAAUCAGUGUCAAGCGAGAAGACAUCUACACUCUAAAUGAGAAUCUGCCCAAAAGAGUCAAGUCUCGACUGUCGGUGGCGUCAGACAUGCGGUUCGAGCUCUUCUCACAGAGCGACGUCAAACAGAACUCCAAAAGGCAACGAGUCAUCAACUCUCGGUACAGAGAGGACUACAUCGAGCCCGUCAUUUACCGAGCCAUCAUGGAGUGACCUCCGUUUCUCUCCUCUCCUCCACCUCACCGACUCACCGCAGAGACGCAGCUCCAGAUUUGUUUCUCGGUCUGGAUUCUCUGUUUCUGGCUACUGCUGAUAAAAAACGACCAACCCCCUAUCCUCCUCCUCCUCCUCCUCCUCCUCCUCCUCCUCCUCCUCCUCCUCCUCCUCCUCCUCCUCCUCUUUCUUCCACAGCCUGUCAGGCUUCGUAUUUAUAAACUACGGCUGGGACUUUAAAUGACUUUUGAGUGCAUUGAAUAAUAUUCUCUGACCUGUGUUUCCCAUCACACUCUGUAGCUUAUGUUCUCUUUCUCCAUUUCAUAUUUUUUUUUCCUUUUUCUCAGGAAAAAGCCAUCAAUGAAUUAUUAAAUAUUUAAAAGGUUGGACUAUCUAACUGGGGCAAGGUUUUUCUUUUUUUUCCCUCUUCUAUCACCACAUUUAGCAGCUGUCAAGGAAACUUUAAACAUUUUACAGUUUUUCUACUUUAGCGACAUUUCUUCUAUGAAUUAUGUUGCGACUCAUGUUAUAUUCAUAAUAAUUUAUCAUAAAGUUUUGCAGUGAAGAUAAA